ACCAUGGCCCUGGUGCAGGAGAUAGCCUCAUCUACCUGAGGCUGGACCUGCAGCAGACAGAACAGAAUAUGGAUCUCUUUACCAGUUUCCCGCUGCUGCCUGAUGGACCCUCAGAUUGCGGCCUGGCUGCUCGACCCCGCUGACUCCGCCUCCAGCUUCCCGGCCCUGAUGACCAAACACGGCCUCGCCCUGGGGCUCCACCUCCCGCCGGGAAAGCUGUCCAGCGUGAUCACCAGCCUGUCCCUGUUGUACAGCCUAAUGAUGAACCUGCACUCCAGUUUACUGACCCGUGGGCUGGGAGAACUCUUCUCCAGCCUGGAGCUCAGUAUGGUCCCAGUGUUGGCAGCAAUGGAAAGCCACAGGAUCCACGUGGACAAGGAUGCUUUGAAGAGGACCUCUGAACUGCUGGGGGAGAGACUGAAGCAGCUGGAGCAGGAAGCCCACCAGACCGCGGGGCAGCGCUUUUUGGUGUCCAGCAGUGUUCAGCUUCGCCAGAUUCUGUUCGAGAAGCUGCGGCUGCAGGAGCGCUGUGAGGGCAGGAAGCUUCCCAGGACGGUCCUCACGCAGCAGCAGUCCACAUCGGAGUCCGUGCUACUACAGCUGCAAGACCUGCAUCCUCUGCCCAGGAUCAUUCUGGAAUACAGGCAGGUGCGCAAAGUGAAGUCCACCUUUGUCGACGGGAUUCUGUCCUGCAUGAACAAGACGUCACUCUUCUGCACAUGGAACCAGACAAGCACCGUGAGCGGGAGGCUGUCAGCGAAGCGCCCUAACUUCCAGGCUCUGCCCCGGCUGCCUGUUCGGAUCGCCAGGAAGCCGGACGUGGAAGGGGAGGCUGUGGAGAUGGUGACAGUCCAGCCACGCUCCAUGUUUUCCCCCCAGGUGGGCUGGACCUUCCUGGCUGCAGACUUCUGCCAGGUGGAGCUGCGUCUCCUGGCCCACCUGUCCUCGGACCCCGAGCUGCUGCGCGUCUUCCAGGACCCCAGCGCUGACGUCUUCGCCAUGUUGGCCUCCCAGUGGAAUGGGGUACCUGUGGCCCAUGUAAGUCCUCAGCACAGGGAACAGGCCAAGCGCGUCGUCUACUCCGUGGUGUAUGGAGCAGGCAGGGGGCGUCUCUCGCGCAUCCUGGGCCUGAGCGCAGAGCAGGCGGCUCUCUUCAUGGACAGCUUCUCCCAGACAUACAAGGAGGUGCAGCGCUUUAUCCAGAGGACGGUCCAGCAGUGUCAGAGCCAAGGUUAUGUUUUGUCUCUGAUGGGCCGGCAGCGCAUUUUGCCCCACAUUCAGUCCCCAGACUGCGCCCUGCGGAAGCAGGCCGAGCGACAGGCCGUCAACUUUGUGGUCCAAGGCUCUGCCGCUGACCUCUGUAAGAUGGCCAUGAUCCGCAUCCACUCUCAGCUCUCCUCCUCCCCAGGACUGACAGCCAGGUUGAUCGCCCAGAUUCAUGACGAGCUGCUCUUCGAGGUGGAGGACUCUCAGCUGAUGGACUUUGCAGUACUGGUGAAGACCACCAUGGAAUCGCUGCAGCACGUCGAGUGUCUGGGCAUUCACCUUAAGGUACCUCUGAAGGUGGCCGUGACCAGUGGGAAGUCGUGGGGUGUUAUGUCAGAGCUGCGGCUCCCUGCCGCGCCUCUCCACCCAGCUCCAUGAGCCUCUAUCUGGAUCGCCAUCGCUAGGCAACCAGGCAGCUGCUCCUUCUGCUUCCCGUUCUCCAGCUGUCUGUAACCAGGGGCAACGGCUGGAGCUCCAAACUGGAUUGCUCUGGUCCCCACUCCCACCCCCCCAUUUUUAAUUCGUUCACCAUUUCUUCUUUCAUUUUGUCUCCACUUUUGAGACCAAGUUAGAGCAGCUUUCAGCUUUCUUCAGGUUCUUCAGUUUUAAGGUCAUGAUUGAAGCAUCACCUGAAGUUUGACAAAAUGUCUCAAAAUUGUAACAGAUACUCAAAAGAAUGUUUUAACAAAGACAGGAAUGAUUAGCAACUGCUGAUGUUAAUGCUGUUGAUGCUUUGUCAU